AUGCAUCUGUCCCUGAGCACGAGCACCUCUCACCCCCGGCUACAACCACGGCCCCCUGACCGCGCCCUGCAGCUCCUGACCCAGGGGGAGACCGGGCACAAGGCCACCUGUCGCGGGUUCGUGUCCCGGGCCAGCCGCGCACUACAGGGGGUCACACCUUUUUCUGCAAAAGAGCCCUUCGUGUGUGGAUCUGAGAGAUUUCGACCUCGGCCCUCACUGUAUCGCCCCAUUAGGCAUUUUCUCACAUCCCACGGUCAAGAACGAGUCCCUCUUAUCACCCACGUCUAA